AAGAGAACCAAUGUCAAACAGUUGGCAGUUUACCGACCAGAAUCUGUUUUUCGGGGUUUAAACGCGUCUUCUAGCGGUUGUUUUUCUCAAAUUUGAAGAAACGGGGGAAACGGCAUGGAAAUCGAGAAAUUCCAUGCGCUCAUGAUCGUUCUCUUGUUCACGCCUGCGUGAAACCGCCAUUAUUGGCCCGCCCCACCCAGUCACCACACUCUUCCUCCUCCAUGUCACUCCAAGGCUAGCUUGAGUCUCUAGAAGCCCGUGACUGUGAGGCUUGCUUGUACCAUCUUCUCAUUCCCUGAGAGCUAGACAUGCCAGAACUCAUCCUCUUCCUACAAUAAUUUCGUUUUAAGGGCCAUCCAGAAACGAAUACGGCCCAGAGGUUUAUGCGCGCAGGGUCCAUUUUGACGCCUACGCAUAUCCAAAAAAAUGGCGGAAUCCCAAAUUGUUUGCGUUCCUCGACUGGUUUAGGGGCUUUCCUUUGGCAGAAUCCAGUGGUCUGUCCGAAUUCCGGCAGUUUUGACGGCGCACCAAUCUUGAAACAUGGCGGACUUCAGAGUGAAGAGGGUCGGUCACGCUCACGCCAAAAUCAAGAAUGUUCCUAUCGCCGUGACCCCUGAAGGGUUCUGGUGCUGCCCAUCUCAAGUUGCUCAAAGGGGCGACCUUUCCAAAAGGAAAGAAAGACACCCAUCUCUGAGGACGGACUCUAUGAAAAGGAGCAGCAGCCACCAGCCCGCCGGAAAAUUAACUCCGGUUAAGCCCAGAUCCGUGGUCUCCGACGAGCAGAGGAGCGUGGACUUGGAGACUAUAGACGACCAAAGGGUGGAGAAGAGGGUGGUGUCUGUUGGAUAUGGUGAGGCUGAGACCAGGGACUGCGAGGUCUUCCUGUCCGGAAAACAGGGGUUCACCGUUAAAUUGUCCGUCCAUGCAGACGUCCUCGCCGGAAAGAGCGACUUCUUCGGUGACAAGAUCGGCCGGAGUUUGACUAACCCAUGUAGGAUUGAGAUUGAAGACUGUGAGGACGUAGAGGUUUACGUGGAAGCUGUUGGCUUGAUGUACUGCAAGGACAUCAAGCAGAAGCUGAUCAAACAGAGCAUUUCAAGAGUGCUUCAACUUCUUAAGGUCUCGGAGAUGAUAGGUUUCCAUGCUGCCACUAAUUCCUGCCUAGCAUUCUUAGAAGCUGUACCAUGGAUUGGGGAAGAAGAGGAAAAAGUGGUGACGUCUCUUCAAGGCCUUCAGGUUAAUGCUGCGGGGGUCACCCCAUUGCUUAAACGGGUGUAUCCACAGAUCAGAAUUGCUCCCAAUGACAUUCUCGCAGACAUAUUUCAGCUUGUGGUGAAAGGAGAUGAAGAGAAAGGUCGGCGGGAGAUGAAAUCCUUAAUACUGAAAUUAUUGAAGGAAAACAAAUUCUCCAACCAUGGUGCUGUGGAUAUUUGCAAUGUGAAUCUGUACAGUUCUUGCAGGAGCUGCUUAGAUGCGCUGCUUCUUCUGUUUACUCAAGCAGCAGAGGCUGGGUUCACUGACACGCAUAUGAACAGCAAGGAAUCAAUCUCAAAACAAAUAGCUCUGCAGGCUGACAAUCUCCUCUGGUUGUUUGAGAUCUUAAUAGACAGGCGAACAGCUGAUGAGUAUAUGUUCAUGUGGGCAUGUCAAGAUGAUCUGGUAAUGCUUCAUCCGAAGGUCUCAAUUGCAUCGCGUCACCCGGUUAGCUCCAUUACAUCCAGAUUGUUUGUGGCAAUAGGAAGAGGAGAGGUCUUGCCUCCCAAGGACACAAGGUGCCUGUUGCUAGAGAAAUGGUUACAGCCAUUGAUAGAUGACUAUACCUGGUUGCUGCACGCAUGCAGAUCAUUUGAUGGGAAAUUAGUCGAAGAAGGCGUUGGCCGAACCAUAUUGACACUUCCGCUUGAAAACCAGCAGAGUGUCCUGUUGUCCUGGUUGGGGAACUUCUUGAAGAUCGGCAGCAAUUGCCCCAAUCUGCAACAAGCAUUUGAAGUCUGGUGGAAGAGAGCCUUUGUGAGGCCUUAUUUGGAAGAACAGCAGCUUCUGCUGCAAAACAGUACCUAGUUUAAUGGUUAUUUGUUUUCCCCACAUCUUGGCUUCUCUAUACAAAACUCCAUUCCUUCAUGUCAGGAUUAGUCCAACCAAGGAGGAUACUGUAUGGAUUGGUGAUGCCCAGAACAUAGCAAGAAAGUUGAGUUUGCUCGCAUAACUGCACAGAGAACUGUUGCAGACGGCACUCUGCUUCUACUGUAGGAUGUUCGCAGGAAGGAAACGAACGAGUGUUUGGUUUUUCUCUUGUAAUGUAAGAUUUCAAUUCUUUACUGA